AUGCCUGUAAAGUCACCUUCAUUGCUAGUCUGCGGUUCGGUGAUAUCGGACCCUGAUCAUGCGUACCUGUCCCGCAUUCGCUCCAGUAUCAUUCACAACUCACACCUAGCAGACUUGAGGGACGCAGUCAUAGAACUCCCCGAACUCUGGCCGCUACUCGUCGAGAGAGAGCAUUCUCUAGAACGUGUUAGUGCAGCGCCAGUGCUUCAGAAUUUGGUUGAAUGGAUCGAGUGCGACAACCCCCUCUUGCCGUUGGCGGUACGGACGUCAAGGAAUGUACAGUUGGCGGUGUUGACAGUUCUUUCUCAUAUCUCAGAAUACAUGAUCUACUUGAGUAGUCAUGAUAUGAGUGAGGAAGAUGGCCGUGGGAACUUGGACGCGCAUACCAGCGUUCUUGAGGGCGUCCGCGACGGAGGCAUCCAAGGACUCUGUGUCGGACUCCUCUCUGCCAUAGCCCUCGCGUGCUCGCCAACCAACACAGAUGUGGCCAAGCAUGGUGCUGUUGCCGUGAGGUUAGCGUUGUGUGUUGGAGCACUGGUGGAUCUUGACGAGAUCGAGCUAUCAGAACCGACCGUCUGCAUAUGUACGCGCUGGCCGCAGGGCGAGGGCGAUGGUGAUGGUAGAGAAGAAGUAUUGAGGGCUGUGCUCGAUAGCUAUCCGCAGUCUUACGUUGGUGUCCGCCUAGAUGCCUGCAGUGUGACCAUCACGGCGCCCAAGGGGGACGCUAUGUCCUUAAGUUGCGAUCUUGAGGAGAGGGGGGCUGUGGUCAAGCAGAUAGACCUGCACGGCCGCUACCACCACCAAGGGCACGACGCUGUGCUCCAGAGGAUGACUGAUCUUUGCGUGUCCCUGCCCAUGCUCCAAUUUCCCCAACAUAGCCAUCCGCUCGUUCCACUAAGGUGGAAUCACAGCGGACAAGUGGUGACGGGCCAGACGCCGCUACAUGAGGUGGCUUUGCAGUGCAUCUUGGUCAAACGUGCCGACUGGUAUACCACCAUGACCAAGUCAGUGACAGAUAUGGCCCAGAGAACCGCGGCCUCGAGUGCCGACAGCAAAGCUCGAGUCCUAGCGCUUGGCCCUGUCGAUUGCAUUCCCCGGUCUGUGUUCGCCAUCACACCACUGCAGGUCGUCCGCCCCAUGGCCAACGCAGCAUUUCAUCACAGCUAUCCUGAUGACUCCAUUGCCAUCGUUGGGGUAUCGUGCCGGUUUCCGGGUUCGGAGACUCCCCAGCAGUUCUGGGAGGAGAUUCGGGCUAAACGGGUAAACAGCUCCCUGGAGGCAGCUAGCAGUAGCUCCUUGGACUGUGCCUUUUUCCGAAAGUCCCCCCGCGAAGCCGAGCAUAUGGAUCCGCAGCAUCGACUUGGCCUCCAUCUGGCCUACGAAGCUCUACAGUCCGGGGGAUAUUUCAGUCCGUCAUCCUCAGAGACAGAUAACGUGGGCUGCUACAUCGGCAUGUCCUCUUGCGACUACGAAGUCAACGUGAACAGCCAUCCUCCAACGGCAUAUUCCUUUACGGGCACUGCGCGGGCCUUCUCGAGCGGUCGGAUCAGUCACUUCUUCGGCUUCACCGGCCCGUCCAUGGUGGUCGACACGGCCUGUUCGUCUUCUGGGGUAGCAAUCCACACGGCGUGCAGGGCCAUUCAGUCGGGAGAAUGCUCCAUGGCCCUAGCUGGAGGCAUCAACCUGAUGGUCCCAGAGGCUAGGUCGCACCAGAACCUAGCGGCGGCCUCUUUCUUGAGCCCAACAAGUCAGUGUCGACCCUUUGAUGCUGGCGCAGACGGCUACCGUCGGAGUGAAGGCGGAGGCUUCGUCCUGCUCAAGAGACUCUCCGCCGCAGUGGCGGAUAAUGACUGCAUCCUCGGCGUGCUGGCAGCCUCGGCUGUCAACAAUAGCAAGGGAAGUCGGUCAAUCACACUGCCAUCGAUUGAAUCGCAAAGCCAUCUCUACCGGCUUGUGCUGCAGACGGCCGGCCUGCACCCGCACCAAGUGUCGUACGUCGAAGCCCAUGGCACUGGCACUCAGAAAGGCGAUCCAAUCGAGUGGCAGAGCAUUCAAAACGUCUUCGGAGGACGCGGUCGAUCGGGGUCGCCACCUUUGCGUCUCGGUUCAAUCAAAGGGAACAUAGGACACAGCGAGGCUGCGUCGGGAGUGGCUGCUCUGGUCAAAGUGCUACUGAUGCUUCACAAUGGCCAGAUUCCGCCCCAGGCCAACUUUUCGGUGCUAAACCCAGCCAUACCCUCGCUGGAAGAGGCAAACAUGGAUAUUCCUGCAUGCCUGGAGCCGUGGAAGGCGCCUUUCCGAGCGGCUAUGGUCAACAACUAUGGCGCGUCGGGGACUAAUGCGGCUAUGCUUGUUUGCCAACCUCCACUAGCAUCUCCUGAACGAAUCAUGUCUGCGGGCCAGUCUCAUCAGUACCCGAUCCUGAUUACUUCCCAUUCCGAGUCCAGCCUACGCCAGUACUGCCGAGCUCUUCUAUACUUCAUUGAGACUCAAAGCCGUGUCCCUGGAGACUCAUUGCUCCCGAGCAUCGCUUUUCACCUAGCUCAACGACAGAACGAGUCUUGCCGUCACCGUGUUGCGUUCUCGGCUACAUCUGCAGAUGAACUGAAGGUUCGGCUUCAGUCCCGAGCCCAUAAAGAUGGCGAAGAUUCAAAGACACCAAGGCUGCAAGGUCGUCCGAAGCCCGUGGUGCUCGUGUUCGCGGGCCAGACAGGUCGUCAGGCUCUUCUCAGCCGAGAAGCCUACCUGAGCUCGAACCUCCUGCAGCGCCAUUUGGAUCGCUGCGACCGGAUCUUGCAGACCAUGGGUCUUCACAGUUUGUUCCCACGCAUAUUCGAGACGGAGCCCGUCGAUGACUUGGUUGACCUUCACUGCAUGCACUUUUCGUUGCAGUACUCGGUUGCCGCAUCGUGGAUAGAUGCUGGUCUAGAGAUCAAGGCGGUGGUUGGCCAUAGUCUCGGCCAACUGACAGCUCUCUGCGUUAGUGGUGUCCUCAACCUGCGAGACGCCUUGAAGAUGAUCUCUGGCCGGGCGUCGCUGAUCCAGAGCAAGUGGGGCUCGGAGCGAGGUUGCAUGCUCAGCGUAGAAGCAGAUGCCCCUACUGUUGAAGCCAUUGCGCAGUCAAUGUUAGGGGCUGGCAAAGUCGAAAUUGCCUGUUAUAAUACCGCCUUGCACCAUGUCAUGGUGGGUACGGAAGCGGCCAUCGAGGCGUUUGAAGAGGUUGCUCGCUCCCGCAACGUUUCUGUCAAACGAAUACCCGUCACCCAUGGAUUCCACUCGGACCUGAUGGACUGCAUCAUUCCCGAGUACCAACAGCUUAUCCAAGAGCUCACCCUGCACCGUCCCGUUAUCCCCAUCGAACCUUGUUCAAAGUCGGGGGGCAGCUGGGAUGAUAUCACACCAGAGCUGAUUGCCCGACAAUCCCGUGAGCCUGUCUACUUUAACGACGCCAUUUCCAGAAUUGAGCAGCAGCUAGGCCCCUGCAUCUGGCUCGAGGCUGGAUCCGGCUCCACCGGUGUCACUAUGGCUCGUCGUGCGCUCACAAACCGCGGCACACCCAGCUUCUCAUCCCAUUCCUUUUACUCGAUUUUGCUACAAGGCCAAAAUCCAGUCAAGUCCCUCGCUGACACAACCAUGAGUCUCUGGAAUGAGGGCAUCCGAGUACAAUUCUGGCUGUACCAUGCUUCAGAGAGACGCCGUUUCGUGCCGUUGGAGCUGCCUCAAUACCCCUUUGAAAAGUCGGAACACUGGCUACCUGUCAUACAAAAGCACAAAGAUUCGGAGCUUGCAAGCCAGAACCAGCACCCAACGCAGCAAACACCAAAGUUGGUAUCUCUGGUAGGGCCUGCUGAUGGGGAGACAGCCGAGUUCUUCAUCAACCAAGAUAGUGAUGACUACUCUGCCUUUGUACGUGGCAGGAGAGUCUUCGGGCAGGUUCUAGCGCCAGGUUCUGUUUACAUAGAAGCUGCUACGCGCGCUUUCACCCUUCUCCAGAUGCACGUAUCCGCUCCCAGUUCAUCUCCUCCCUCCGUCGAGGUCGAGCAGGUGAGAAUGCAUGCACCGUUUGGUCUGGAUCUCCAAAAGCGCCUGCGCCUCACGUUGCGGAAACAGGCAAGGUCCAGUUGGCGAUUUGUCGUGGAGAGCCACCCUAUCGAUGACAGUGACAACAAGGGUCGCAAACUCCAAGCCUCAGGGACCAUCAGUUGGAAGGCACAGGGCUAUUCCUACCUAGGGCCCCGCCGGCCACUGCUUCGCCGUCUUUACGAUCGGUGCGAGGAGCUACGUGAGGAUCGCAGUGCCGCAACUGUUCAAGGGUUGUUCGUCAAGAAGAUCCUGGCGCGAGUGGCUAAUUACGACAAUAGUUACCUGGGCAUCCAGUCCAUCACCUCAAAGGGCCUUGAAGCGGUAGCUGAUGUUGCCGUGCCUACCAUUAUGUCUCAAGUUUCUAAAGAGACAGUUUUCAGUCCCCCCAUCUUCGACAACUUCUUGCUCAUAGCAGAGCUUCAUGCCAGCAGUCUUGGAGAUCUUGGAGACGACGACGUAUAUAUCUGCAACGGUUUUAACGCUGUUAUCCCGCAUGCACAUCCUGGAGACAUGGGACGAAAGUCCGAGGGACCUUGGAUGGUCCUUUCAUGUUUGGAUCGGGAGAACGAUAAGACCAUUGUAUGCGACAUAUUUGUGUUCAGUGCGCACCGUAAUAUGCUUUCUCUGGAGAUUAUAGGUGCAGGCCUGACACGGGUUCCGAUUCAUUCUUUGCAGAAGGCGCUGGAGUCAAUGAAUGGCAUCCAACAGAUACAGGGCCAAACAGCACUAGAUAGCGCCCCGACACUAGUCAGAGAUGCCGAUAUUGACCCUCUGUAUUCCGAGGUAGAUUCACUGAGGAUCGGGGGCGAUGUCCCCGCCGACGUCCCAGGCUCGCAUCCUACUUCUGUUCCAAGGCUAUCUCGGCUCCCCUCGAGCGAUGAUGUCAUGGACUCUUCGGCGCUUUCUUCUGUACAACCCUCAUCAUCAGCGAGCUCUGUAAUAUCCGACCAUGAUCAGCAGAAUGUUGCUCUACUGGGCCUGCUCGCAGAGCACCUAAACUGCUCCCAGGGAAUCUCCCCUGAUACACGCCUGGGGGAGAUUGGAUUAGACUCGUUAGUUGCCAUACAGCUCCAAUCAGACAUGGAGAAGAUGUUCGGGAAGAGGCUGAGCCUGGCAACGAUUGACGAAAACUUGACCUUCUCAGAUCUCUGUCGCAAGGUUCUAUACCAUGACCUAUCCAGCGAGCGGAGAUCCGCCGUGUUGCCAGACACAACCCCCAAGAGCAAGCCAGACUCUAGCAUCCUUACUGGGCAGAAUUAUAACCCUUCCCAUGUUGCUCCUAUCAUGGGGACCACUCCCUUCUUCCGAGGGUCUACUCCUUUUAUCACUCAGACUCGUCUAGAGUUCGCUCAAAUCAAGCAAGAGACCAGCUCAUUUGCACAGAUGACAGGCUUCGCUGGUUUCUACUCUAAUUUGUAUGAAAAGCAGACGUUCUUGGUGCUUGCAUACAUAUUAGAAGCCUUCAGAACUUUGGGGUGUGAUCUCAGCGCACUCCAGGCCGGAGACCCGUUGCCCCCCGUGCCCUACACGCCAAAAUAUGAAAAGCUUGUGUCUCGGUUCCAUAAGAUUCUGGAAGGCGCUGGCCUGAUCUCUGUCCGUGAGGGCCAGUCGACCCGCUCCCAGACAGCGGAGCCUCUACCUCAACUCGCAUCUUCAGCCGACAUUUACCGCGAACUCCUGAAUGAGUGUCCGAAGUACCGGCCAGACCAUCAGCUGCUCAAUGUCACCGGUUCUCACCUUGCAGAUUGCCUCUCUGGUCGAGCUGAUCCAUUGCAGCUACUCUUCCGGGAUGCGGCCUCGGUCAAGCUCCUGGAAGACGUGUACGUUAGCUCCCCUAUGUUUGCGACUGGGAACAAAAUGCUCGGCGAGUUCCUCCACCGAGUCUUAUCGCAGCUUGGUGGUACGGAAAUGCUACGAGUUCUCGAGAUUGGCGCGGGCACUGGCGCGACAACGCGGAAUGUUAUGGAUCAGCUGUUGGCAUCCAAUGUCGACUUCACUUACACAUUCACCGACAUUUCUAUGGCGCUCGUGACAAGCGCCAGGAAGACGUUUGGCGCGCUAUACGGCAGCGAGAAGCGGCAAUCCAAUAUGGAGUUCACAGUUCUCGAUAUUGAGAAGCCGCCACCGGCGAAUAUGCUGCAGUCGUACGAUCUCAUCAUCUCAUCAAACUGCAUCCACGCGACACGGAACCUGGGACAAGCUUGCGCCAACAUAGAAAGGCUGCUUCGUAGGGACGGCGGCAUGCUGUGCCUUCUGGAGCUAACGCGGCCUCUCGCCUGGCUAGACUGCGUGUUCGGUUUGCUGGAUGGUUGGUGGCGGUUCGAUGAUGACCGAACCUACGCACUGGCCGAUGAGUAUAAGUGGAAGUCGACGCUGUUGGACGCGGGCUUCUUCCACGUUGAUUGGACCGACGAUGGCUCCCGUGAAUCUCAGCAGUUCAGAUUAAUCACGGCAUGGCGGUGA